CGGUGUGACAGUACUAAAAAAACUGAAGAAGAAGAAGUAUAUUUUAGACUCUCUGAUCCCACAACGUAAACCCGGUCUAAUUAUUAAAGCAGUAUUUAAAGUAUUACUACAUUUCAACAAUCACCCUCUCCAUUACCGAUUAAACCGUAAAUCAUUCAUUUCACCAAUUAUAAACGGACAAUUCCAUGAGCUUAUGCUACUGAUUCAAUUAGCAGAAACGAUUUUGAUUUGGAGUACAUGAAAUCACGAUGGACGCUCUUCUGGAAAGACUGAGCUGUAAGCUCCUCCAAGCUGGGAAACACAAGGCGUAUCACACUGAGUACUCGCUCUUACAAAGUGACUCGGAACGUGUAAAGUACACCAUACAACUCCUCAUCGAUUAUUCAAGGCCCUUGCCCUCGAAGAUAAUUAGCAAGUCCUCUGAGGAGUCGUCACGCCUCCGCGAGAUGGGCAACUUUGUCUUCUCAAUGAAGAUCGUAGACAGUUACCUCGACGUGUCAAUCCAGAAAUACACGGAGAGCAUAGUCUUCGCCCCGACAGGCUCCGAAGAAUUGUCCAUUGCUUACGGGAAUCGUUCAGCAAUGUUGAUUUUGGCUCGCCUCUACGACGAUUGCCUCCUGGACAUAUCGAGAGCUCUCGCACUCCCUUACCCCGAUAAUUUGAAGGCAAAACUGUACGCACGCCAGGCACGAUGCCUCAUGGCUCGGGGUAUAUCUUCAAAAUCCUCAAAGCAAGAACUAGAAAAGUGCCGAGAGAACGGUCGUCUGUGGCUGGAUAAAAUGGAUCCAAAAAAUACCACUAAAUCUGAAGUUGAGAAGAUUCUGAAGGGCACUAAGAGGUUUCCCGCCCAGGCACCUUACGUCAAAUGGGACGCGACAAAAAAUCUCCCCAAGUUAAUCGAUGAAAACAAGCAAAUCCCCGGGUUAUCUGCCAGCCUCGAGCUGAAGUACUCGGAUGAAUUCGGCAAACACAUGGUGGCAACUAGAGAUAUUGAUCCAGGAGAUGUUCUCGGGAUUAUGGAGCCGUAUGCUUGUGUCUUAGUCCCAGAGAAGAUGCUCACACACUGCUGGGGUUGUCUGGAGCAGACUUGGAGCUCGAUUCCCUGUCCAAAUUGUGUUAAUGUCAUUUACUGCAGUGAGGAGUGCAGGGACAAGGCUUGGGAGGAGCAUCAUGAUGUAGAGUGCCCGGUGAUUGGGGUGCUGUUACACCAAGAGAUGAGUAAUCUAGGGCUUUUGAGUCUUAGGAUAGCUAUCAAGGCCAUCAAACAAGCGGGGGGAAUUGAGGAGCUGAGGAAGAAGGUGGAGAAGAUCGAGGGCAGGACAGGAAUACCCGAUGAGAUAUUCCUGGAACACUAA